AUGAGGUGGAUGAACGAACCCGAGUGGAACGAAGAGGAUGGCAGAUCAGGAGUCAAGGCUAUCCGCAUGCAAGUUCCUGGAGGAACCGAUUGCUGGCGCAAGACCCGCCACAACAUGAUUUCGGACAAUGUUCCCUUUCGCUACCGCAACGUGAUUGGUGACUUUGAGGUGAUCCUUCAUGCCACUACCAAGUUUACUGGCAACUACGAACAAGCCGGGAUCAUGGUCCGCGAAAGUGAUGAAACAUGGAUGACUUGUGGAUUCCAAGUCUUUGAUGGACAGCCACAGGCCAGCGCCGUCGUGACGCGUGAUACCUCCGAUUGGUCCCUCUUGCCUCUUCCCGAGACGCAGGAUUCCAUGUACUUUGUCGUGAAGCGAACCAAGGAAGUGGUGGAAUGCUUUUAUUCCUUUGAUGGCUUUGAAUGGACUCAGGUCCGACAAGCGGUGCUCUCGGAUGCAAAUAAGCUCAUGGUCGGUAUGUACGGUGCCUGCCCACAAGGGGAUGGCUUUGAAGUGGUAUUUGAACAUUUCACAAUCAAAUCCGAGGAUGGAGAGUUGGAUCUGUCGGAUGGUGAGGGAGAAGAUCUAGCUAUCCAGGACGAAGAAAGCGAAGAACUACAGAUUGAAGAUGAGUAA